AUGAAUUUCGAAGUACUUGGAAACAAUGGUGAUUACAAAGGAACCACACACCCUUACAAGAUAAAUUUUAUCCGGACUUCAUAUGCAAAGACCUCUGAGAAGAUUCCAAAUCUAUCCCGCUUCAACUUAAGCCCUUUUCCGGAUAUUUUAUUAACAUACUGUAUGAAAUUGUUGGCGUGGGUGAUAUCACCAUUAGAAGCUAUGUUUGAUAUUCAACUACGAGAUCUGAGUGAAACAAUCAUUGAAAGCACAUUAUGGGAAAAACAUGCUGAGGAUGUGCACUCUUAUGUCAAGAACAACAAAACUAGUCCAGUUAUCUUGCUUGGAAGCCUUAUGAGGAUGAAAAGAUACAAUGGUAAAAUCUCAGUUCAAAACUCACGCUUCUCUACAAAGCUUUUCCUUAAUGAAGAAAUGGCGAACAAUGAUACUUUGGCUCUAACUGAGGUUUCUCCAAUGGUCACACCCACCAGAAAUAAUAAAGAUGUUGACUCUUUCCCAUUAAGCUGCUGGAAAACUAUCGAUCAGUUAGCAUCAACUAUGGAGGAAAUAAUAAUAUGCACUUGUGUUACUUUCGCAUCCUUCUUAGCCUUUCAAAAGGAAUGUCCUUGGUGGUAUGUUGGGUGCAAAGCCUGUUGUUCAACAGCUACACCAUAUUUUAACCCAGUGACUGAGCAAAUUGAGGCCAGCAAAUAUUCAUGCUACACUUGCGAGAAGGAUGAAACCACCACAAUUAUAAGUACAAAUUUUCUAUUAUUUGAUAGAGAAGUUAUACAACUCAUUCAUAAAUCUGCAUAUGAAUUGCUUGAACAACAAGUGCAGUUUAACCGUGAGAAUGAAAUUCCUCAAGAACUGAUAGAUUUGGAAGGAAGAAAGAUUGCUUGGGUAAUUUGUGUUAAGGGGACAGAUAAAAAUUACAAGAAACCAAGUUUUAAAGUUGUCAAACUCACUGAUAAGCCUGAACUGAUCCAUAAGUUUCAGGAUAAUGUGACAGUGGAGGUUGCUACACAUCCAGAUUUGGCUAUAAGUUCAAGUACAUGUUCUGAAAUGCAGGUGGAGAAUACAUCUUCAGAAGCAAAUAAUAAUGAUUUACCACCUUUCUCUCCUGUGACUCCAAGCACAAAACGACAACGAAGUCAUAGUAGUGAUGCUAAAGAAAUUCAAGAAUCAUCAACAAAGCCUAAGGGAUCGUCUAAAAUGGCUAAAGCAGCAAAACCUGAAGAAAGAAAGAACAGGGGAAAAGUAUUAGGAGACUGA